AUAAGCUAAGAGGAUAAGACAUUAUAUCCGAACGGGAUAACCCGGGUUUUUCUUCCAUCUUCUUACUCACCUGGCCUCCUUUCCCCCUCCCCUCUGACUUGCGGGGGAGUUUAAGGCCUUCCAGUGACGAAAUCCCUUCUUUACUCAAGGAUACGAUAGUUUCGCUCAGCCGAAAUUAUCACUAACGGAGAAUACGGCACUGUGCGAGGGUGGAUUGCCAGUGUUAAGAAAUAUACCUGCUUUGUUAGCAGGUGGGGGAUAAAGUACUAUAUCGCUCUCGGAAUUAAGCGGCUCCGGUGUUACCGUUGUCAUUUGGCGCAGGUGCACGGUUGGGUUCGUUGGUGCAGGGCUGUCUGGCGACAACCACGACGGUGACGAAGAGAGCACUUGGGCGAGUGAGGCUGGACUCGCUGGGAGAGUUAGUUUUAAGAAAUGCCUCCACCACAAACUGAAUCAAGCAAGCUUGCCGGGGUUCCUUGGGUUAAUACCAAUACUACAAAUACAGCGGAACCUUCUUGCGCGGUCAAUGCACCAUUGGAGUGUCUGCUUCUAAUGUUUCUGCUAACAAAACAGUGGUUGGGAGCGUGGUUUUCGCUUAGCGGGCUACGAUGGGUAUGGGAUGGUGAUACCACAGGGACAAAGCCGGCAUUAGGCACGGGAAAUAAAGGUCUUGAGAAAGCUACUGGAGGCUUUGUUCCGCAUUUCGUGAUUGAUUAUGCGCCCUACGUCCACCUCUACAGCGAAGAAAUAUUCCUCCCGGGUGACAUUGGCGAGCACCUCGAACACACAAUCCCAUACCUAAACUACACCCCACUCACCUCACUCCACACCCGCCAAUCCCUCACCUCCCUUUCGCAUCUCAACCGCUUCGGUCCGCACGUUUACCUAACCUCCGAUGACGAUCCGGAAACCCAACCAUCUUGGCUCCGAGGCGAUCACAACCGCCCCGUUCCCAUCGGCCACGGAGAAACAGACGUGGGUGCGAGCACGGCGCCGGGGAUAAUCAUCUGGACAGAGAAGGAGAAUAAUGUUACCGACGCUUUCUAUUUUUACUUCUAUAGCUUCAACUUGGGGAAUACGGUCGCCGGUUGGCGAUUCGGAAAUCAUGUUGGUGACUGGGAGCAUACUGCUGUGCGGUUCAUAGAUGGAGUUCCGCAAAGUAUUUUUUACAGUGAACACUCAGGCGGUGUAGCGUACGAGUAUGGUGCUGUCGAGAAGAUCGGUAUCCGCCCUGUAUGCUACUCCGCCGUUGGCUCCCACGCAAACUACGCACGCCCAGGAACACACUACUAUGCUAUCCCGUUCCAUCUCCUUGCAGACCACACAGACAAAGGUCCUCUCUGGGACGUGACUAAAAACUCAUACAUGUACAACUACGACGUUGAUCAUGACAUCCUAAAACCUAGCCGUGAUACACCGGGCGCACCGGUAGACUGGUUCCACUUUGGCGGCAGGUGGGGGGACAUGAUGUACAGACCCGGCGAUAGGAGGCAGUGGGUAAUCGCAGGGCAGUAUCAUUACGUACAUGGACCUACGGGUCCAAAAUUUAAAAACCUGGCUAGGAAGGAGAUUUGUCAGAAUGAGGGAGUUUGUGUCGUGAGGUCAAGUUUGACAGAGGAGGCUGAAAUCCCCUUCGUAACCCUCGAGGGGUGGGAUGGGGAGGAUGUGGAUGAGUGGGCCGGCUUGCCGGAUGAGAAGGAGAAAAGGAAUUGAAGCUGGGUAGAACGAGUUAUUAAUUGGCGAGGUUGCAGAUUGGGUUGGGAAUUGCAUGCUUGGUGUAUGGUGUAGGGUGUUUGUCUGCUUUGUUUUGACUACGUCUUUAUUUGAUGACUAGGUAAGCUUACCCCCGUACUUACUUGUUCUCUAGUCGUCUCUCCCUGUACUGUGGAUUCUCCUCUUCUAUUUUGGAACACCGGGCUUGUACUGUAUUAUAUUCUGCGAUGGAUCGGGACCCGGGAAUGUUGGGUCGAGUUGGGUUUGGCUUGGGUCUGGAACUAGGCGGAUUCGGUAGAAGGUAGAAAUUGAAAUUGAGAAAGAUUUGGUGCAACCUAA